AUGAGUCGCCCUGGAGGCCCCAACGCACCCGAUGACCAGGCAAAGCUGAAGAAACAACUCAUUGAUCUUACAAAACUUGAAGAAAACAAAUUUUGUGCUGAUUGUGGCUGUCGAGGACCUCGUUGGGCAUCAAUUAAUCUUGGCGUCUUCAUUUGUAUUGCAUGCUCUGGUAUUCAUCGUAGCCUGGGCGUACAUUUGACGUUUGUACGCAGCGUCAAUUUAGAUUCGUGGACUUUAGAGCAGGUACAACAGAUGCAACGCUGGGGCAAUGCACGUGCGAAAGCUUAUUACGAGGCGAAUGUACCGAGAGAUUAUCGUAUCCCAACGGAACAUUCAUCUGUACGUGACAAAGAAAUUUGGAUUAGAGACAAAUAUGAGCGUAAGAGCUUCAUUGGAGACGGUUCACGAGACGUGGCAGACCGUGGAUCUCGUAGGAAGAAACAUGGAAGCUCAGAUGAGGAGGAACCACGUCGACGUAAGGACAAAGAGCGAUCUAGUUCACGUCAUAAUUCGCGUACUGCUCCGAAAGAAACUUCAGUGUCACAACCUGCAGUGACGCAGGACAUUCUGACAUUUGAUGUGUUCAGUGCUCCCGCUCCAACUCCUGCUCCUGUUCCUGCCCCUGUAUCUGCACCUGCAAUUGCACCAGCGCCCAAGCCAGUGGAUGUUCCUGCAGUUGUAGCUGUAGCUGCUUCGAAGCAGGACGAAUGGACGUCAUUUGGAGGUUCAAGUAAUGUUUCGAAUGGAUUUCAAGACGCUUUUGCUCCACAACCUCCAGUUCCAGUCGACCAACAUGUAAAUAAAAUGGCAAACAUCAUGGCAACCUUUGGAACCUCAUCGCAACCUCAACAGCCACAGAAUGCUUUUCAAUCUCAACCGCAACUAAAUGCAUUUCCUCCUCAGCAAGGAAUGACACCAGCCCCAAUGAUGGGUAUGCAAAUGAAUGGAAUGAAUGGGUUAAAUGGAAUGAAUGGAAUGAAUGGGAUUAAUGGAAUGAACAGGAUGGGCAUGAUGGCCCCACGACCCAUGGGAAUGAACAUGCCCAUGAGUAUGCCCAUGAGCGGACCAGGCUUUAUAAACCCGAUGAUGCAGCCAAACAUGAUGGGAUAUCCAAUGCAAAAUACAAUGUUCACCCCACCUCAGAAUGGCAUGAUGAUGGGUGGUCCGCCAAUGGGUUUUCAGGGUCAACCGAUGGGAAUGAACCCAAUGGCUUUGCAUAUGAAUCAGGUAGGCUUUCAGCAACAACUGCAACAUCAGCAGCAGCAACAACAUCAACAACAUCAGCAGCAACAUCAACAACAACAACAACAACAGCAACAGCAACAACAGCAACAACACCAGCAGCUUCAGCACGCAGGAGGACUUGGCCAGCCAUUUGUAAACUUCGGUUAG